AUGGUCCAUGAAAUGAAAAAGAGAGACAUACGUGGAGUCAAGCGCUUUAAUAGGUCGGCCCGUGGUUCACUAUGGGGAUGGAACGAUGUUGGGGGGGGGGGGUCAAGCACCUUAGGCUCCGAAAUUCAUUGCCAGUACUGCGCCCGUGGCCGGAAGUUUAAGGAGAAAACAGCGCCUGAGAAGAAGCGCGCACUUCCGGGAUGGGAUCACAAGGAAAUGUCAGCGCUCGUCGUUCAGGAUAUAGAAUACGAAAUUGAAGUCUUAGUUGCUCCAGAAAUAAAUGAAAAUACUAGCUACCGGCGCGUACGCCGCAGAAGCGAAGUUUUAACAGUUGGCGAUUCCGUAAGAGUACUGCUUUUCGAUUUGAAUAAGUAAUUUUCGUCAGGAUAUGCUCGACCAGUAAGAAGAUUAUUCACAUGCACAUUUGCGUUUGGUAUUUAAUUACAUUAUAUUAUUUAGUUCUAUUAUAUUUUUCCAAUGGUUAAUUAAUAAAAUCUUUAAAAAAAUUACUUUAGUAAAAAGAAAUAUGUAUACAUGCGCAUGCUUGCAAAGAAAGAAAUUAAAGAUAUGUCAUUUCACUAAUAAAAAAAAAAAUUUCCUAGCAAAACACUGAGAGAUUUUAACAUUUGUCCCUACUUUUCAAACGUUAUUGCUUUAAGAUCCAGGUUCAAAUCCUGGUUGAGAUGUUAUUUUCAAUAAUUUCUUUACCGCAUACUUAAUUGUUAGUAUCAAAAGAUAUUGAAUUGCUAGUCAAUUUAAUUGGUAAUAUUACAUAUUCCGACGGAAAACUGUGUUGUGAGACUAACGAAUUUGUCGGCGCGUAGUAUAUGCUAGUAAUUGUAAAUUUAAAGAAUUAUACAUGCAAAAGAAAUACGUAACAUACAAAAUCUCGUUACAAAAAUUAUUGCUUAGUCGGUAAAACAGAUUGUUUCCAGUAUCCCCUUAACUAAAGCCACUGUAAAAGGCUCCUUGCACAAUUACCUAGAAACAAGCAAUAAGAAAAAAGGAAUAAAAAAAGAGAAAAGAAAAUAGUCUUUCCCUAAGUUUUGUAGUGAUUCGAACUGCAGAUAUCGAUCAAAUAAUAGCUGCAAUACAGACAACCUGGAUGCCAUACUAAGAACCUUAAUUAUCAAAAUAUUGAAAAAAGAUAAUUUGCCAAUUCUAACAAUAUUUCUAACGAUAAUGAUA